AUGCGUCGAUUCAAAUUCUUCUUCUGUUUUAUUCGUAUAAGUUUAAUCAUAACUUUAACCAAAUCCGAGUUUCCAUGCUUUACAAAUUCAAUUAUUUCUUGUCGUUGUAACAGCGAUGAAAGCUUAGUUACUUGUGUUGAAAACCGUCCAAGUAAUGAAGCAUUUAUCGAUUGGUCAACAUUUUCAUCCGCCGGUCAUCGAUUUCAUUUAUUUAAAUUCAUAAAUUUUACACAUUUAACCUCGAAUACAUUUGCAAAUUUCACAUCAACAGUUCUUUCACUUGGACAAUUCGAAUUCACAUUUAUCAAUUGUAUUGAUCGAGUAGAAGAAAAUACUUUUCAAAUAUUGAAUUUUUAUUCUGAUACGCGAAUUACUCUUAUUUUUGAAAGUCCAAGAAAUUUUCAGCUUGCUAAUUAUGCAUUUAGCCGACUGGAAUAUAGGGAAAUUAUGAUUUCUGGUAUUCAAAAUGAUAAUCCUCCAUAUCAACUUAAUCUAAAAGCAUUUGAUAAUACACAAAUUUAUCAACUGAGUAUUUCUAAUUCUCCCGAAUUUCAUUUUAUUUCUAAUGGUUCGUCAUCGAUGAAUAUUACUCAUUUGAAAUUAAAAAAUUGUUCUUUGACAAAUAUUGACCUUCUUCUCGAUAGUCUUUCAACAUUCAUAUUAGAUAUAGAUUUAUCGUCAAAUAAAUUAAAUCAUAUUCCAUCAUUCAUGCAAUUUUUGACAUUAAAGGAUAUUGAUUUAAGUGCAAAUUUAUUUGAAAAUGUCAAAUCAAAUAUAUUUACAAAUUUAACUCAACUAAAUCGAAUUAAUUUAUCGCAUAAUCAAAUCAAGCAUAUUGCACCCGAUGCAUUUCUUGGAUUGACAAAGUUAUCUACUCUAGUUUUACACGAUAAUCGUUUAACUUCACUUGAAACUAUCACAGUUCAUAACGAAGUUACAUCAUUUCUAUAUCCAUUAGUUCCAACAUUAACUACCUUGCAUUUGUCAAACAAUCUUUUACAUGAUUUCAAACCUAUCCGAAAUCUUUCAUCUUUAAAUUCAUUACAAAUGUGUUGCAAUAAAAUUAAAAUAUUGAAUGAAAAUUCUUUUGAGAAUGCACAUAAACUUGAAACAGUUGAUUUGAGUUGUAAUCAUAUUGAAUUAAUUCAUCCGAUGGCUUUCAAUGGAACAAUUCUGCUAGAUCUGGAUCUAUCAUCAAAUAGUUUCUCUUCGUUAGAAACAACAAAACAUGUAAUUAAUGAUCAUUUUCAUCUAAAAAAUCAGACAAGCUCAUUUCUUGAUACGCUUCAAUCGACGCUUAUAGUUUUAUCAUUAGAAAAUUGUACAAAUCUAUUAGAAUUGAAUUGGUUUGUUUUAACAAAAUUAAGAAGAUUAUCAAUUUUGAAACUUUCGGGAAUAUCAAAAACAGACAAAUUUUGGUCAUUACAAUCGGGAGACGGUCCAGUUGUUAGUUUGGAUCAUCGAUUACUUGAUGUUCGAAUUUCUCUUUAUAAUAUUCGCUUCGAUAAUAAUGAUUAUUGCCUAUCGAAGUCAGUUUUUCGAAUAUUCAAUAGAUCAACUCUAAACGUUGAUGAAAAUCAUCCAUGCAAUUGUUUUAUAUUUAUGUUGAAGAAGAAAAUUGGGGCAGUCCAUCAUCCAAUUUGUUUAUCAAAUCAAUCAAUUGUGCAAGAACUAACUGAAGACUGUAUGAAUAUUGACUUGUUCUGUUUAUCAGUGGUAAAUAGUACAACUAUACCAUCGACUCAAUCUUCGUCAUCUACGGUCAGGACUUCGACAAAAACUUCGUCGACAGCAUCAAAAUUGACAACUAUGUCAUCAAGUCAAUCUUCAUCAACUAAAAUCAGUACUGUGACAGUAACAGCAGGAUCGACAAAAACCUCAUCUAUCUCGCGUUUGACAACAACAAAUGCACCAACUACACUACGAACAAUAAUAAAGGAUGAUGGAAAAUGGAAAACUGUAUUAGCAAUAACAAUUCCUUUAACAGCUGUUGCUAUUAUUGCAGCUGGAACUAGUAUUUUUAUUGUUAAAAGAUGGAAAAAGAAGAAUUCCAAGGAAAGUUUUGAGAUGCUUACUGGAUUUGAAAAUUUAUUAGCGAGAAAAUAA